AUGGUGCAUCCGAUAUGUUGGAGCCUUUCGUCGCCAUCGCGAGGACGCAAGUCUUGUACGAGCGAGCCCAAGCAACUCGUUGUCCGCACGCUCCUCAAAUUGUCAAACGGAGCCACGCUGACACUUCUCCAACAAGAUUGGUAUCACAGCCUGGGUAUUUUGCAACCGCGGCCUGCUUGGUCAAUUUCGUACAAGCCGAGUCUCAGUAUCCGUAGUAUUCUCCCGUUGCGACCUGUUCCCCUCCCCCGCAACCCCAGCACGGGCCUUGUACCCACGGCCUUCAGCUUGCAUCUACCCGUUGCCAACCAAGAAAGGUUCAUUUCCCGCACGGCUGUAUCGCAUCGACAAAUCCACAACUCUUGUGCCACGCGGAACACAUGUUGGAAUGGGCUCGGGCUGUCGCGCCACCCGCCUGCGGCCGCGCUUGUUUGCGCCAGCCAUACAUCUUUCCCGGAGCCGCUGUCGACGCAGUUGCUGCCACUGUUGUCUGUCCGGGGGUGGUCUGCUCAAAACAGUUCUGGUCGCAAAAUCGCGUCGCAGGUCGCGGUUGGUGUCUGGCUCAUCUCGGGCAUCUCGGGCAUUCUGGUCCACGACAUUAAUCGUUUUCAAGGUCAACGGCAUGCAUUUGCCGUUCUAUCUGUCCUUCCAGAUCUAGAAGAAGCACCAUCGGAUCUCCUUCUGUCGCUAUACAUUCGCCGAUCCGAAAGGCCGCGACAGCAGCUCCCGCCCAGCGACAUUGCGCCGAUGCCCAACGUCUACAACUCGCUUUUGGGAUAUUACGAAGCUUCAGGAACCACUGUGCCGGCCUGGUAUCCUAUUAAGCUUGGUGCAAUCCAUGGUCGUAAAGCGGAUGGGCUGUGUAACUGUUAUCCAGCUCAAACAACGCUCGCGCAGUCGUGCGUCUUGCAUAAGGUGACAGCACAACUACGUCCAGUUCUUUUGCUACUAGGCCAGAGGUUUGCUCGAGGACUCGCGGAACCAAGCCUCAAAGAUGGUGGCGCGUACGCCUACUCCGGUGAACAUGUCCUAUUCCAGGAGGUGUAG